GAGAGAAAGAGAGAGACUCAAGAAAAAGCUUUCAUCAUAUAACAUAUGAGAACUUUCAAAAGUUUUGAAAAGCUUUUGUUGCAGAAAGCUUAUUAGACCUUUUCUCACCCUAUCUCUCUCUCUCUCUCUUUUUAUUAGUCCGAAUCCUCUUCUUUGUAAAGCUGAACCUCCCACUAUCUUCAAAAUUUCCUCUUCUUCUUUUUUUUUUUAUUUGUCUCUUGGUCUUGUUGUUUCAUCAAAUCAAUCUCUAGAAUCCAAACACAAUAAAGUAAAAAAAGAGAGAGAAAGAAAAGUAGCUAGCAAUUGAUAAGAAACGAUCAAGGAGCAGAAAUGAUGUUGGACGUUGCUGCUUCCAACAAGAACACUAACACAUGUUGUGUGGUUUCUUCUUCUUCUUCUGAUCCUUUCCUCUCUUCUUCAGAAAAUGGGGUCACCGCCACAAACACAUCCACUCAGAAAAGGAAAAGAAGACCUGCAGGUACACCAGAUCCAGAUGCAGUAGUUGUGUCUCUAUCACCAAGAACCCUUCUUGAAUCAGACAGAUACAUAUGUGAGAUCUGUAACCAAGGGUUUCAAAGAGACCAAAAUCUCCAGAUGCAUCGAAGACGUCACAAGGUUCCAUGGAAGCUUCUGAAGAGAGACAGCAACAUAGAGGUGAAGAAACGAGUCUAUGUUUGCCCUGAACCUACUUGUCUUCACCACGAUCCUUGUCAUGCUCUUGGAGAUCUUGUGGGAAUCAAAAAGCAUUUCAGAAGAAAACACAGUAACCAUAAGCAAUGGGUUUGUGAGAGAUGCUCUAAAGGUUAUGCUGUUCAAUCAGAUUACAAGGCUCAUCUCAAAACUUGUGGCACUAGAGGCCAUUCUUGUGACUGUGGUCGCGUCUUCUCCAGGGUGGAGAGUUUUAUUGAACAUCAAGAUAACUGCUCCGUACGAAAGGUUCACCGUGAACCGCCGCCGCCGCCACAAACCGCCGUCACUGUCCCGGCCUGCUCCUCUAGAACCGCCUCAACCGCAAGCACUCCGUCUAGCGAAACGAGUUGUGGUGGUGCGGUUGCGGUUGCGACUCCUCUACCUCUAGAAGGGCGUCCAAUUCAUAUGAGAAACUCAUCUUUAACGAUUCUCACGGCCAACUCAUCAAAUCUCAACCUCGAACUCCAGCUUCUUCCAUUAACACCGAAUCAAAACCCUAAUCAAGAAAACCAACAACACCAAGUUAAAGAACCAUCUCAACAUCAUCAUCAUCAUCAUCAUCAUAACCAUGAUACCACAAACUUAAACCUCUCCAUUGCUCCAUCAUCAUCAUCAUAUCACCAUUACAACAACUUUGAUCGUAUAAAAGAAAUAAUGGCGGGUGAACAGAUCAUGAAGAUAGCGAUGAAGGAGAAAGCUUACGCGGAGGAAGCUAAAAGAGAAGCGAAGAGGCAGCGAGAGAUAGCGGAAAAUGAGUUUUUGAACGCUAAGAAGAUAAGGCAACAAGCACAAGCUGAGCUUGAGAGAGCGAAGCAUUUAAAGGAACUAUCUAUGAAGAAAGUAAGCACAACGAUUAUGCAAGUCACUUGUCAAACUUGUAGAGGACAGUUUCAAGCGGUUGCGAUUCCCGCGUCGGACGAGACAUCUCUUGUGGUGAGUUACAUGUCGUCUGCGAAUACUGACGGAGAGGGAUCAUAGCUAAGAGAUAAACUAAACAUUUUUAUAUUUUUUGUGUAUUAAUUAAUAUCUUGGUUUGUCUUAUAUCUCUCUCUUCUUUUAUUGCCAUGUGAUGGUUAAUUAUUGUAAUUGUUAUUUUUUCAGUUAUAUUUAAA